AUUGCUCUUUAAAGAAAGCCACACCCACUACAUGUAGCGGCAGCAGUACUCCAAAGGACGGAGGUUCAAGGAUAGGACGUAUCAGACGUCACUCAAAAGAACUUUUAAAGAACCUUCAACAAGCCCCGCCCACUUCCUGCUCAAACGAUGCCUCCGAAGACGGCGAUCUUUCCCUCAAUCCAUACGACAUCAUGAAUGGGAAAAUGUGUGCCACACCCCUUUUAAUCCCGAUAGAAGAGACGGAGGACGAGACCCCAAGGACGACACCCACUCUAAAGUCUCCGCCCGUUACUUCAAAACGAACAACUAGGACUCCGCCCAGUAGGGGACACGUUACUUUCGGGAGUGAUACAAUACUUAAGAAGGAAUUGGACGAGUUUUCAAAAGUUAUGAAUUUCGUAGAAAAGCAGGAAAAGGCGAAAGAGCUGAGGGUAACGUCCCCUUUUCUUCCCUCCCCUGCUCCCUCGUCCCUCCCUCUAACUUCCCCGUACUCUAUAGGAGUCCCCCAACAAAACUCCAAUCAUCAUCUUGUCUCGCCGCCUCCUCCUUACUCUGUUGCUUCUAACUUCCCCCCAGGACCAGGCUAUUUAAGAGGCCAUUGUCCUAGUCAUUACAAUAGCUACGUCACUUCUCCUGACACGCCCUAUUCUCUAGAGCCACGCCCACUCCAACACUUGCCCUCGUCUACUCUCUCUCAGAUUGGGAACCUCCUCUCGUCCCCGGUCUCUUCCACUGCUCCUUCACAGCCGCUCCCCAAUCACAUGUCGACGUUCGACUUUCCUUCUCAUCAGCCUGCCCCUCCCCCUCCCGGAUAUCAUCACCACGGCAACGGGAUGUUCCCUAAUCAGAUGUACCCCAUCCCCCAUCACCCUCCUCCUCCUCCUCAUCAGUCAAAUAAUGUUGUAUGGAAUGGAUACUCUCCUGUUGCAGGACAGAAAAGGGCGUUGCCUCAUGUUGGAGGAGACUACGUCACGCCUUCUCCUAAAAUGUCUCAUUGUCCUUCGUCAAUGAUGAACUAUCCUUUGGUACCCAAUCAGCUCCAGAACCCCUGCCCACAAUUUCCCCCUGGGGAGACACCCUCCUUUUCGCACCUUUCUUAAAUAUGCAUGGCCCCCUUCCCUGUUUUUAGGUGAUUGACAUUUUAAACUAUUAUUGUUUAUUAUUACUAUUAUUAUUAUUAUUAUUAUUAUUAUUAUUAAGACUUUAUUAAUUAAUUCAGUAUUAUGAUAGUUUGUUAUUUUCUGUUGUUUAAUUUUUUUCACUUGAUUAAUGAUUUCACUCUGCACUGUGUAGCACAGUCUAAAGACUUGUUUAUACAACUU